UACUAAUAGGCAUUCAUAUAUCUAAUACCUUUUAACUUCCUUACUGAACCAUGGGAAUUACAUUUCAAGAUGGAAAAAUGGAUCUGUUUAUUCCUAUGUUUAUUGCUUCCUAUUUAUGGCACGGCAUCUUCCCAACUAUUUGGUCAUAUGGGCUGUUUUGACGAAAACUCAUUUCCUGAAAGAAAUAACAUUUACUAUUUAUUCACAAUGACUGGUACUUCGUGUAUGGAAAUAUGUCGUUCUGUAAGCUUGAGAUAUGCAGCGACAAAGGGACACCGCUGUUUCUGUUCUAAAAGUAUCAGUAUCUCCCCCUACACUGGAUCAUUCAAAUGCAACUAUACAUGUCCUGGUAAUAAGACAGAAAUAUGUGGGGGAGAAACGUCACUUUCAAUUUAUGAUACAUGGGCUGUACAGACAACAAUUCGAUCUACGACCACAAACAGUUCCAUGAAAAUAACAUCUGAAAUUGCAAGUAUGUCUACUGAACAGGUUGAUCACGAUACAGGAAGAAGAACCGAUGACCUCGUUUCCGUUCACAUCUCAGUUCCAGUUUUGAUCACGGUUGCUGUUGCCAUAAGUGUUGCCAUAAAUGUAGUCAUCAUCUUCCGUCUUAGGCGAAAGAGAAGAAAACGGAGAAACUCGUAUAGGAACCGCCCACGUACUACAGUGGGUAAUUCUGAUGAUUAUUUAAACGCAUCCUUGCCGACUAACCUUCAACAUCAUGAUAAUUCAUACGCGUCCAUACCAAACACUCAUUCCGACCACAGAGUUACCAUUGUUGACAACAACUAUUUAAACGAGUCCUUGCAGAGUAACUUUUUGCAUCCUGUUGCAGCAAAUACUGACAGCAAUUAUGCAAGCGACUCGUCACACAGUGUUUGCAUUGUCUCUUCUGAAGAACAUGAGUAUGUAGACAUCAGUUACGAAGAAUUACUCAGUCAACGUAAAGAUAACCAUUGCUACAGUCAACUGAAAACAUAAAGAACAAAAAUUAUCCAUGUUUACAAAUUUUUGCACACAAAACUUAAGAAUUGUUUAAACUGUCAUAAUAUCCAGAAUUAUAAACGUUUUCAACACGAAGCUGAACUAUCAUUAAGAGCAUUAAUGUUAAUAUCUGUAGAAACAAUAACUGUAUUCAUUUACAAUAGAAAUCAAACUUGCUCCUACUUAAAUUCUAUACAGACUCUGUACUGUAAUUGCAAGUUCUAUUUACAAAAAAUUCUAAUCUUUGUCUCAUUUUAUGUUAUACAUAACACAUAUCUAGAUCUAAUAUUAUUUUUGAAUGCUUUCAGUUGUCUAUCCUUUAUAAUGAUUGUUUUCUGUAGUAUAUACCUGAUAUAUGAUGAAAUGCAUAAAAUAUUUUCUAAAUGUAUCCAAAAUAUCUAUAUUUUCUAAAGAUUUGUUUACACUUUUGAAGUACUUAUUUGCUAUAUGAUAAAAUGUAUUAGACCUUUUACAAAUAUUUUCUUAAUUUCCAAAUGUUCUGAUGAUUGUUUUCUAUUCUGAUGUACAUACACUUUGCUUUCUAGUUUGAAGCACAAACUUGAUACCCGAUACAUUGAUAACAUACGUUGUCCCUUUUUAAAUAACUGAUAAAAUGUAUAAGCUAUUUUCUAAAUGCCUCCAAAAUGUUUAUGUUUUCUAAUGAUUGUUUUCUCUUUUUUUGUUGUUGUAUCUACUUUAUACAACAUAAAAUGUAUGAAAACUUUCCUGUAUGCCUAUAUAAUAUUUAUACUUGCUAAUGAUUGUUAUAUUUUUUGAAGUACAUACGUGGUUGUAAAAUACAUUGAAUCUUUUUAA